UCACGUGUUCCAAUAGUGAUUAAUCUACAAUUAAAAUCUACUGGAAAUCAUGAACCAAUCAGCUGCCUCCAGUACCAGGCAUACGGUCUACGCAUCGAAUCUUCCAUUUGAUUUGACAAACAUCGAUGUUCGGAAGAUUGUUGAAAAAUACGGUCAAGUUGUUAGAGUAACGAUCCUACGAGACAAACAAACCAGGAAAAGCAAAGGUGUUGCUUUUGUUCUGUUCUCCAAUGUCAAAGAAGCGGACCUCUGCUGCACGUCGCUCAACAACGUUGAGAUGUUCGGCCGAACGCUGAAGGCCAGCAUCGCCAAAGACAACGGCAAGGGAGACGAGUUCGGCCAACGGCGCGAGUAUCCGGAUAAAAGUCGGUGCUACGAGUGUGGCGAGCAGGGACAUUUGAGCUACAAAUGUCCCCGCAAUGUACUGGGCGAUAAGUCACCACCGCGGGCCAAGGUCAGACGGAGGGGUGGAGUAGGAGGGGGUGGAGGCAGUAAGCGAUCGAUGGAACAAGCUACGGACUUUGAUGGUGGCGGUGGUGGUGCAUGGGAAAGUGAUGACGAUGAUCGCCUGAGGAGGAUAGCCGAGAGACAGGGAGAAGGAACGUCGUCAUCGUCGGGGGUGAAAAGGGUCCGGUACAAGAAGAGUGCAUACUUUAGCGACGAUGAAGAGUUGGAUGAAGAUUGAACUUGUC